CCCACCUGGUCGGGCCUCCUCUGCUCCUCACGCAGUCACUGGGCGGCUGCUUGCUCAGAUCGGAGUUGCGGCGCCGGCGGCGGAGAUGGCGAUCCGGUACUACUGGCCGAUGGUUGCUGCGGCCGUUGGGUUCCGCCUCGUCCUGGUCCUCUUCGGCGGGGACCUCCACCUCGCCUCCCGCCCCGAGGUCUCCACCCCGCUCACCUCCCUACGCCGCCUGGCGGAAGGCUACUGGCUCAAGCAAGCGUCCAUGUCGCCCUACUCUGGUUCUAUGUAUCACGGUUCCCCUUUGCUGCUUUCCAUUCUUGGCCCAUUAACUAGUAACAGAUCUGGUGGCAAGCAUGCUCAUGUUUAUUGCAGUUUGAUUUUUGUGGCUGUAGAUUUUCUAGCUGCCAUGCUUAUUCGAGGCACUGGUCGUAGACUCCAAAUGUCACGGAACAGAAGCUUGAAGUCACUUGACCUCACAAAAGCAGUAAAUAAUUCAGCUAAUGUAAGUGCAGGAGAUAUCGCUUCUCUCAUCUACUUGUGGAACCCUUGGGCAAUAGUCACUUGCGUGGGUUCAUGUACAUCACCAAUCGAGAAUUUAAUGGUCGUGAUAAUGAUCUAUGGAGCCUGUUCACGUUUGGCUCCUCUUGCUGCCUUUGGAUAUGUUAUGGCCACACACCUCUCUCUUUAUCCUGCAAUUCUAAUUGUACCGGUCAUUCUUUUGUUGGGGUAUGGUCCAGAUGCUCCUCCAACAAAAGUAUUUCUUGUGAAAAGCUCAAGUGACAGUAAAAGUGGCAUGUCAGAAUAUGAACGAACUAGCCUGAAAGUGCAACGAUUCUCAUGGAUGACAGUACUUCACUUCAUAUUUUGGCUAUUCAUCUGGUCUUGCUAUGUGUUGUUAUUGAGUAGCAUGAUUCUGAAGAAAGUUGGUGGCCUUAACGAGAUGUUUGAAAAGACCUAUGGUUUUAUUCUUACUGUGAAGGACCUAUCGCCUAAUAUUGGUGUUUUAUGGUACUUCUUUGCUGAAGUCUUUGAUUUCUUCAGAACUUUCUUUCUUAUAGUCUUCAAUAUGAACAUUCUUUUCAUGGUCUUGCCGUUGGCCAUCCGUUUGAAGCACCGUCCGUGCUUUCUUGCAUUUGUUUACACAGCAAUCGUCGCUAUGUUGAAAUCAUAUCCCUCGGCUGGAGAUUCAGCUCUGUAUCUAGGUCUUCUGGGCCUAUUUGCCAACGAGUUAGCAGAGAUGCAGUUCACAUUCUUCUUAUUUUUCGGAUAUAUUGGAGUAUCGCUCCUUAGCCCUGUCAUGCACAAUUUGUGGAUCUGGAGGGGCACUGGUAAUGCAAAUUUCUACUUUGCCACCGGUUUGGCCUAUACUUGUCUUCAGACUGUGUUGGUUGUAGAGAGUGUAGGUUCAAUGAUAAAGCACGACAGAAAGCUAAGACUACUUGUGACGAGUUAACUUUGUCCCUCAGCUUCUUAGAGGCUCCACCUCUGAUACUUGCAAUUUUCGUUCUGGUGCUCUUGAACUCAAACGGCUCGUCAUCCUGGACUUUGUAAAUGUAGUUCACAAUUUGUGUAUCAUGUUGUACUGUACGCCCCCCACUUUUGUACAAUAUAUGGACCACAAACUCUUUAACAGAGAGUCAAAGACUAAAGGAACAGAAAGGGCUCUCCCUCGGACUAAUUGUAGUCAGUGCUGGGCUUCGAUGUGGAUUCGGUGAUGUCAAUCAUCCAGCAUGUUUGAAUUGACCACAUGUACAAUUUGUAAUUUCAGUUUGCCAGAUGAAGAAGAAAAUUACCCGUAGCACGCUCUCA